AUGAUCUAUUACAAAUUACUGGUCACGUUUAUUGAUUUUGAACGUCAUCUCGAAGCAUUCGCUUUUUACGUGUUUAUAAAAAUAAUAUCUGAUAGGCUAGAUAUCCUUAACAAAUAUUUAGCAAAUUACAGCCAUGUGAGGAGAGAUUGUAUUAAUGUUAAUAAUACAUACAAGGCAAAUAUUAAGAAGAAUAUUUUCAUAGAAAGCAUUUCUUCUAAAAAUACUAAAAUUAAAACGUUAGCAAAUACGUAUAAUGUUAUUAGUGAAGCUGUGUACAUAAUUAACCAAAUUUUCGAAAUUCAAAUAUUUUUGACCAUAGUUUCCACAUAUAUUUUUAUCAUUAUUACAUUAUGGGAGGCCGUUUAUUCAUCGCAUACCAAGAAAAUAACGAGGUCGUUGUUAAGUACAAUUUUACAAUGUGCAGCCGAACUUAUAUCAAUAGGGCUCAUGUCCUACAUUUGUGAUAAUAUGAUCUUAAAACGAAACUCAACUAGGAUAUUCGUCAAUGAGCUGAUAAUGAAUUACGACCUGCCUCAGACAAUAAGAUACCAAGCUAAAUCUUUUAUGGAAUUGAUAACAGUACGGCCCCUAGAAAUAAAUGCAUUUGAAAUGUUUACUUUAAAUACAAAACUAAUGCUUAAAUUCGUAAGUGUUAUAACAACAUAUCUAAUAGUUAUUUUACAAAUAUCAAACUUUUUGUAA